GUUGCCAGACUGCUGUAAAAAAUUUGAAAAAAUUAGAAGAGAAGAGAAUCUUCUUGGAUGUAUCAACUGUACCAAUCUAUUAAUUUACAAGGCACUGACAGCAUGAGUUCAUUAUGACCCUAGGUGUUAUGUUCUCUAAUGGUCAUCUCUGGAAGCAGCAGAGGCGUUUUGGAAUUGCAACAAUGAGGAAAAUGGGAGUAGGGAAAAAAGACCAGGAUUAUCUACUGCAAGAGGAGGCUGCUCACCUGGUGGAAUACUUACAGAAAACAAAUGGAAAACCUCUGGAUCCUGCUGUGCCUGUUGUUCAUACUGUCUCAAGUGUGAUUUGUUCCAUGAUUUUUGGACAUCGUUUCUCCAGAGAUGACAAGAAUUUUCACCGCCUGAUUGAAUCCUUUGACACCCUAGCAGCAUUUUUGAACAGCAUCUCCUUUUUUAUAUAUGAGUUGUCUCCCUGGCUUGCUGGUCUUUUCUUGCCAUCAGUUAAAAAGGCUAAGUCCUCUAUAGAUUUUGUGAAUGCUGUGUUAGCAAAGGAAUUUGAAAAACACAAAGAAAAAAGAAAACUUGAUGAAAAUCGACAUUUUAUUGAUUACUAUUUGGAUGAGAUAGAUAAAACUAAAGGAGAUGCUGACUCUACUUAUGAUGAAGUAAACUUGCUGCAGACUCUUACUGACCUCUUCAUAGCAGGCACAGAAACUACAGCCACAACUUUACUGUGGGCAUUGCUCUACAUGGUGAUUUAUCCUGACAUUCAAGAGAAGGUCCAGAAGGAGCUGGAUGCUGUUGUGGGUUGUUCCCAUGUAUUUUGCUAUGAGGACAGGAAAAAGUUGCCCUACACAAAUGCUGUAAUUCACGAGAUCCAGCGAUACAGUAACAUAAUCUUAAUUGCACUGCCCAGAGCGAGUGUGAAGGACACGGAGCUGCUGGGAUAUCAUAUUCCAAAGAACACCAUAGUUUUAGCAAAUAUUGACUCUGUUCUGGCUGAUCCUGGAAAAUGGGAGACACCUGAUCAGUUCAACCCAGGCCACUUUCUGGAUAAAGAUGGAAACUUUGUAAACAGAGAAGCCUUCUUACCAUUUGCUAUAGGGCACCGUGUGUGUAUGGGGGAGCUCUUGGCAAGGAUGGAGCUCUUUAUUGUCUUUUCCUCCCUGCUACAAGCAUUCACAUUCACCCUGCCAGAAGGAGUGAAGGAAGUCAACACCAAAUUUGUUUUUGGGAGCACGAUGAAGCCACCUCCCUACCAGCUCUGUGCCAUUCCUCGAUAGGAAAUGGCAGAUUCAGGAAAGAGUCACUCUGUAAAGCAUCUUCUGUAUGUGAAUUCCUUUUUGCAUGUCCUAAGAUUUUUGGUUUCUUUUUCACCUGAUUAAUCGCUACCCUGAAAGAUUCUUGAUAGACAGUUGCAUCCUG